AUGACACUACCUUUGUUUCAGGAGGGGAAGAAGGAGCUAAUCGAAGCUAAGCAGGUGCUGGCAAAGUUCGAGCAGACGUCUGGGCUGGCGACACACCGGGACAAGUCGGUCGUCCUGCCAGUAGGGAACAAUCUCGGCAGAAUAACCGGUCGGACGCACAGUUUCAAAUGGGCACAGAAGGACGAGGCCGAAAAGCUGCUGGGCGUGUGGGUUACUCCUUUGGGUGGCUGCCUGCCAACAUGGGAGAAAACUUCGGAGGAUAUCUCGGGAAAAGUUAAAAGAUGGGAGCAGAAGUUCCUCCCAACAACUGCGCGAAUGGCUGUGGUCAACAGUUAUACGAUGCCGAAGGCGGUGUUCCAGGCGCAGGUCUACCCACCACCUGCCAAACAGCGUGUCGGGUUGCUGGCGCUGGAGACGAAUCAACUAAAAAAGCAUCUCAUGCUGCGGGUGGCUGAUCUGCCUAUGGGCAUUGAGACGUUUUUUGCCCAUGAGAAGCUGCUGAGACACUGGGAGGGGAAAAGCGCUCGCUGGAAGGUGGCGUGUGAGAAUUUCAUGAAAACACUGCUGGGAGUUCUUCCUGAGGCAAGUACGAGAGAGGCGGUGGAAGGGGAGCGGAUCGUCUUCAACAAGCGCCUCUUGCUUAACGAGACCACGUCGGUGGGGAGACAGCAGGACGCAAAGCCGUUGUGGGAGAAGCGGCUAGGUGACCUGGUGCAGCUUGAUGGCAACGGCGUCCCUGUGCUUAAGGACCUAGCUGCUCUGGAAAGGGAGCUGGGAGGGAAGGGGGCUGCUAGGUUGGCAAGAAGGGCGUUUGAAGCUGCGCCCUAG